AUGUCGUCAAGAAAUUACAAUAAUACACCACCACCACCACCACCACCACCACGAAGAUAUAUACGUCGUCUGGAUGGUGGUGGUGUUUUAGGGGCCAAUCAAUACAAUAAUAAUAAUGGGGCCAAUCAGUAUAAUAACGAUCCAUACUACAAUCAGUACAAUCGGGCCAAUCGAUAUUAUAAUAAUCAAUUCAACAAUGGAGCCAAUCAAUACUAUAAUAAUAGGGCAAAUCAGUAUUAUAAUAGAGGCAAUCCAUAUUACAAUAGGAACAGUCCAUAUUAUCGUCGAAAUAUAUAUUAUAAUCGUAAUUAUCGACCACAACAACGUUAUGCCAAUCCUUAUGACGUUAAUCGUCCACAAGGAAGAUUUAUUCUGUCAACUCGAUCAAAUCAAAUUCGAUCCAGAACUAAUUCAAAUCAACAACGUCGAAGUCGCUCGAAUAGGCCAAAUAGUCGUAAUAAUCGACAAAGAAGUCAAUCAAGACAACAACUACAACAACAACGUCGACGUGGUCCACGACAGCUUCAUUUAAAUGAUUUUAUGCCAGCUGAACUACGUGAACCUUCACCAAAUCUUCCAACAGAAUUCAAUAUAGCAGCAACAACGGCAACAACAGUUCCACCAGAUGCAUUACCACAACGUGAAAUAUUUGCUAGAAGAAAUACAACACAACCUUUUGUAGUUGAUCAAAAUGGACAAGAUAAUCAACAGCCACAGCCACCGCCACAGCCGAGCCGACAACGGCAACGACAACAAAAUCAACGACGACAACGUCCAACAGUAUCUUCUUAUAGACGUCGACAAAAUAGUCGUAAUAAUCGAUUUGCUGAAUUAGCUGAUGAAAAUGAUAAUAAUAAAAAUGAUAAUGAUCCUAUUGAAAUAGAAGUCGAUAAUGAACCAAUGCCAUUUAAUAGAAAUAUGAAAAAUAUGAAAAAUAAUAAUAAUAAUAAAAAAGAUAAAAAUACAAAAAAGACACGACUCUAUCUUGAACCAAAUCGAAUAUUAACAUGGCUUGAAAAACAUUCACCAAUGUCAAAAAAAGCUAUAAGUGGCCGUGGUAAUCAAGCAUAUGCAUUAGCAUCAGCUCCCAUAUAUGAUGAAUGGGUUCGAAAUAAUUAUGAAGUACAAGUCUGGCAAUCAUAUUUAAAAUUGGCAACUGAAAAGAAGCAUUGGGCUAAAGAAGUCAUUCAACGAACAAAAAGACGUGACAAUGUAAUCAAUACUCGAUUUAUUCAUAAGAAAAUCAAUCGAUUAAAUACGAAUAUUUCUGAAGCAAAUGCUACAAUAUCAGAUUUACAAACUGAAUUAUCCACAUAUUGGAUGCACACAACAUCUGAAGUAGCCACUCAAAGAUUAGCUAGACAAAUAACUGAUCUAGUAGUUAGAAGAUUAUCUACUAAUCAAACACGUCAAACAACAGUAGCAACAGAUACAGAAGAUGAUGCACCUGCUCCAACAGCUCCAACAAUAGCAACAGCAACAACUACUGCUAUUAAAAAUCAUAUUCGAGAACCAGUUGAUCGUAUCGAAAAAUAUAUAUUGGACUAUAUCCAUUUUUGUACACAACAUGUUAAAAAGAUGGCUCAAACUCGUAUUCAAUUAGCAAAAGCACAAAUGGAUGAAUUUAAAGCUUUAGAAGAUUUCGAGCAAAUAGCCACUCCAGCUCAAUGGAAUAUUCAUUUAAUAUUAAAACCAAAAAUAAAAUUAUGGUCAACAAAAAACAAAAAUUAUAAAAUAUUAACAAAGCGUGUCGAAUUAGAAUUACUUCCAAAAAUAAUUGAUAAAGUAGAUUUUUCAUUUCGAGUGGAUGAGUCCAUCAUAAAUCAAGAUGAAGCUCAAGCAACAUAUGAUCAAAUGCGUCAAAUUACGAAAGAAUUCCGUACUCAAGCAAUGAAAUUAUAUGUUCAGUCAGCUGCUCGAGAAAAUGAAAUCUUAUUAAAUGAAAUCCAAGGAAUUAUUGAAAAAUUUCCUAAAAAAGAAAACGAAAACGACAAAGAUAAAGAUGAUGAUGGCACUAAUGCUGAAGAAGGUUAUGCAGCCUUCGAAGAAUAUCAAAAACUACGUGAACAAAGAUUAAAAUUAGAAAUCGAACAAUCACUUUAUUUUUUAGCCGAACAGCGAGUCGAGGACAACAACAACAAUCAAGAAGAAGAAGAAAUAAUUGCCCCGACUCUGCAAGAACAUCAAUUAUUAAAAUUAGGUCCGAAAUUUAUUUUUAAUGAUCCAAAAACAGCAUCUCGACGACGGACAACUGAAUUGGCAACUUUAAAACGAAAAAUAGAAACUCGAUUCUUCGAAAAGAAAGUAAACCCCGGACGUCCAGUCGAACAAUUUAUUGCUGAAUUAGAUGUCUUACUCCAAAAUCUACAUAAUAUUCCUAAUACUAAGAAACGAAUACAACUUAAUAUAACUCAAACAAAUAAUUCAUUUGACACUUUGUCCUCAAUUAUCCAAUCAAGUCAAUCUCAAACUAUUAUUCGUCCAAAACUUAAACGAAAUUAUGGUCGAACCGUUAAGAGAUUGAAAUACAAGAUCCAUUUGGCUAAUACCAUUCUCAGAAAGACUGAUAAGUCUAAAGUAUUUCAUUUAGGUAAAGUUGAACAUUAUCAGAAAAAAUCAGAAGAAUAUAUGGAAAAAACCAAAGCAUAUCAAUGUCUUGGUAUUAUUGAUCCACUUCCAGAUUUAAUUCAACGAACAAAUAAAUACUUAUUAGAUUUAAGACUGGCUAAAUGGAUUACUCAAAAACAAUAUGAGCAAUUGAGCAUCAAACCAAAUGAAGCUGAACUAGCUCAUUUAUACUAUCUACCAAAAGCUCAUAAACCUGGUACUCCUCUUCGUCCAAUUAUAUCUGGUUUAAAACAUCCUACAAUCAAAAUAUCAAAAUAUCUUGAUAAUCUACUGAGACCAUUAUUCGACCAGAUGGCUUUAAAUACUACUGUUACUUCUGGUUUUGAACUUAUCAAAAAAUUACAAGAAUGGUCAACAGUUAAUAUGCGUCAAGAUACAACAUUUUGUACAAUUGAUGUCACAGACCUAUAUACUAUGGUACCACAAAUUGAAGGAGUAUUAUCAUUAAGAAAAAUGCUAAAUAAACUCAAAUUAAAACAAGUCGGUGGUCUAAAAAUUGAAACAAUAAUUAGAUUAAGUCGAUUUGUUAUGAAAAAUAAUUAUUUCUCUUACAAUGGUCAAUUUUAUCAUCAAGUAAGAGGAGGAGCUAUGGGUUCUCCUCUUACUCUAACUAUUUCCAACUGCUACAUGUACUUCUUUGAAAGACAGAUAAUUAAUCAAAUUAGAAAUAGUGGUGGACUUUAUUUUCGUUAUAUUGAUGAUAUAUUUAUUUCUGUUAAUUGGCCUAUUCGACAUCUACUUAAAGAAGUAGAUAGAUGGAAUCAAUUUGAUCCAAAUAUUCAAUUAUCUGCUAAUAUAGGUUCUUCAAUCAAUUUUCUCGAUUUGCAUAUCGAAAAUCAAGAUGGACAAUUAUAUACUACAGUCUAUCAAAAACCAUCUUAUGAACCAUACUAUUUGCCGUUCAAUAGCGUUCACCCAUUGCACAUGAAGAAAAAUAUUAUAUUUACUAUGUUACUUCGUGCAAUUAGAUAUUGUUCUACAUUUCAAACUUAUUUAAAUGAUCGCGAGAAAUUACGAAUGGCUUUACUAUUAAAUAAAUAUCCAAAUGCAUUUAUUGAUGAACAAUUUAAUAAUAUGUUACUAAAGUUCGGCAUUGAUCAACCGUUGAAUUUUACAAAUUAUAAAAGUUAUCGUCAAAAUAUUAUCGAUUCUCCUAUAAAAGGAAAAGUACCGAUAAAUUAUGAAAAGACAAUGUUCAUACAUUUUACAUAUUGUUCAAGUAUGAAGACAUUCCCAUUCAAAUUCCAUAUCCUCUGGAAUAAGUACUUUGAAGAAUCUCCCAUUAAUGAACUUCUACCUGUUCUUGGUACGCGUAACGUUCAAAAUUUACAAAGACGAUUAACACAUACAAGAUCAGGAAAAUAUUGA